AUGGCGCGGUGGUUGUCAUUCUUUGCAGAAUACAACUUUACGGUCGAGUACAAACCAGGACGACUUAAUGUCGUCGCUGAUGCACUCUCACGUCGUCCCGACUUUGAAACAGUCGCGAAACCCAACAGUGAGACAGUCACUGUUGCGGUUAUGACGUCCUCAGUUCCAUCUACAACGUUGUAUGAUGAUGUGAGGCGGGCAUACGCCCAAGAUGCCGUUUCUGGUGACACACCACGUGUUGUCAUUCCAGAUGAUAUUGAUCUGCGUUUGCGGAUCAUGUUCGAGUAUCACGAUGCUCCUAUAGGAGGACAUCGUGGCCGAGAGAAAACAUAUCUCACGGUAAGUCGAGACUUUUACUGGCCCCGCCAGUAUCAGUUUGUGCGAAAGUAUGUUCGCGCAUGCGAAGUCUGCCAACGAGUGAAGUCAAGUCCUUCACUGCGUGCACCUUUACAGCCUCUACCGGUUCCGGCUGAGUGCUGGGAAUCCAUCUCAAUGGAUUUCGUCUUCGGGUUACCCAAAGACGCACGCGGGAAUACGGGUAUUCUCGUAUUUGUUGACAGACUCAGCAAAAUGGUACACCUUGUGGCUGUACCAGAGACAAUCACGGCAAGUGGCUGUGCUUGUGUCUUUAUUGACACCAUCUUCCGACUUCAUGGGUUGCCCCGUGAACUCGUAUCAGACAGAGAUCCACGAUUCACUGCUGAUUUCUGGCGUUCCGUGUUCAAAUCACUCGGAACGCGCUUGAAGAUGUCAACAUCUGAUCAUCCAGAGUCAGAUGGUCAGACGGAACGUGCCAAUCGUGUCCUUGAAGAGAUACUUCGAGGAUACGUACACUCCUUUAAGAUUUGGAGUGAGUUUUUGCCGAUGGUAGAGUUUGCCAUCAACAACUCGGUGCAUGCGUCCACGACACAUACACCGUUUUACGUGAAUGGCUUGCGCCAUCCGCGUGUACCCACCUUACUAGAGUGUAACUCUGGUUUAAGGGGGGGAGGGACUCGCGCGAGCAAAAACCGAUUUGGUUCACGCUCAUCACGCUCUGACGAAGAAGUCAUUGCGUUUGAUGCCGAUAUCGAUAACAUCAAUAUCGAAGAAGAUGAUGCCAGUGAGAGUGCGGAAGCCCUCACUGAAGACAAUGAUCCCAGUGAGAGUGCGGAAGCCCUCACUGAAGAAAAGGUUGUUGUCGCUGCAGUGCGCUCACAGCACACUGAAGCUAACGAGUCAUCAGAUGAGUUCAUACUGGCUCGUGAAACGGUAGUCCGUUUUGUGCAAGACUCCAUCGCCGAAGCGGUGACUUAG